AUGGAGCCGGGGCUGUCUGGGCAUACUGAUUCAUUGUGCUUCUCGGGUGGUGGCCAUCCCACCCCCCCCUCCCCAUCCAAUUUCGUUCCCUCCCCUCAAAAAAAAAAUUCGAUUUCGUCCCCAUCGUUUGGCCCCGAUCUCCACCGCGCUCUAGGGUUCCGGCCGCCGCCGGCGAGGGCCUGCCAUUUGAGGCGCUCGAGGAGGAUUCGCCGUCCCCCGACGCCGCUGCUCCCCUGGACCCCGUCGCGCUCCGGGACAGGCCUGCGCUCACCCCUUCCGGCCGCCGCCGGCGAGGGCCUGCCAUUUGAGGCGCUCGAGGAGGACUCGCCGUCCCCCGACGCCGCUGCUCCCCUGGACCCCGUCGCGCUCCGGGACAGGCCGGCGCUCACCCCCGACUUCUCUCGCCUCGUCUUCUCCAUGGAGCUCCCCUGCCGACGGCCCACGCCGGAGCUUUGGGCCGACCUCCCCUCCGGCAGCACGCGCCGCCCGAACCCAGUUGGCCGCGUCGGCAAUUUCAAUAUUGCGCUCUCACAGUCCGGCUCUGCUCGUGCCAAGCUCUAGCUCUUGGAUGUGCUAUCCUCCCUUCUCACUCUCGGGCUCCAGCAGCAAAUGGACGAAAAGCAUCACGAAGCAGCUCAGCUCCAUCUUCUAUAGUUAUUUCUUGAAUCUGUGAUAUACUAUAUAAUGCAUUCUGUAGAAAACAGAAUGAUGUUCAUUGGAGCCUCUCUCUUGCUAUGUUUCUUCCAUUUGUUUCUGCUCUAAGAAAACUCCAUACUUGGAAAAUGUCUCUUCAUGACUUCUUCGAAGUUUUUUCUGUAGUUUUCAGUCUUGGGUGCGUGCAGUUUCUUCAUGUCACAUCUGAAAUUUGGGGCCAUGUAUGUACAUUGUAAUUAGCAGGGCCUUCCCUGUUUGUGAUACUAAAUGAGGUACCUCUAUAUAUAGGUUUGC